AGACUUGUCGUGCAGCAUCGUCUGCGGAAUUAUUUGACACUGUAUGUUUAUAGUGGUUUGUUAUUUUUCACGAAAAAAGCAUUAAAGGAGCGUCUUGAAAAACACGUUGAAAAGCAUGAUGAAAGCAAAGAUUUACAGUGCACCUUCUGUCCACUGAGAUUUCUCACUGGAGCUGAGAUGGAGUUACAUAUGGGAUUGGAGCAUGAACAGGCGAAUGUUAAAGUGAUAAUGUGUCCCUAUUGUCCGUACAAAACUUCAAUAAUGCGUGCAAUGAAUCUUCGUUGCCACUUAAAGAAUGUUCAUAAAUUGCCGAAUCCUUUUCAAAUUAUUCGUGAGCUUAAGUUUGGUACCAUGAAUGAAGAAGAGCGAAAGCUUGUUUGUAAAAUUUGUCAUAUGAAGUUACCCACGGAGAGUGCUCUGAAGAUGCAUCAGGACAAGAAGCAUGGAAAGAAGAAGAUUCUGAUAAAAGAGAAGAAGAUUCCGAUAAAAGAGAAGAAUAUUCCGAUAAAAGAGAAGAUUCCAAUAAAAGAGAAGAAGAUUGUGGAAAGUGUAAAGGAAAAACCAGUAGAAGUGCAUAAGAAUGAGACAACGACUGAAGUAGCAACAUCGACACAGCCCACGAGUAUUCUGGAUUGCUUCUUUGAAUGUGAUCUCUGUGAGAUCUUUUUGGAGAGUAUUAAUACCAUGCGGGAGCAUUUUGUGGUGCAACACAAUAAUCUUAAGCCAUAUAAGUGUGAAAUUUGUGAAAAUCGCUUUUCCACUUGGCCAAUUUUGAGGCGUCAUCAAAAAUUAUCCCAUAAGUCUGUUGGAACAUUCAUUCCUGAACGUAUUAUUAUACAGCAACAGCGCAAGAGACGUAGAACUCCAUCUACAUCAUCAUCCAGUUCAUCAUCUUCUGGCAGUUCAACUUCGUCCAGUUCCUCCUCAAAUAGCUCUUCAUCAUCCAGUAGCACCUUGACAAAUGCCUCUCAUCAUCGGCAUACGGGAGAGUCUGAUGUGUCCGUCCCCAAAGCUGUUGUCCGGACUCCAAUGCGUGGCAAGUCUCUGCCGCCGUCUCUACCAAAAAAGACCGUUAGUCUCAAGGUCAUGACCUUGACUAAUAAGAUCAGCGACCAUGAGUAUCAAUGUGACAUUUGCAGACAGAUCUUUGACAAUGAGGAAGCCUUUAAGUCGCACUUCCAGUACCAUAAUCAUCUAAAUCCAUUCAAGUGCGAGCUUUGUUCAAAGAGAUUUGAGACAUGGGUGUCACUUAGAAGGCAUCAAGGCAUCAUGCAUAAAGGUUACCGAAAUAACUGUCUGUAGGUAGGUAGUUUCAAAGAAAGUGUGGAAAAUAAACUCAAAAAUGUAGAAAUUAUUAUUUUGAAGAAAACAAAAAAAAGUCAUUAAAUAAUAAGUAGAGAUUCUCGAAUUUUUUGCAAAGGUAUUAUUGCCUCUGCAAUAAGAGAAUAACAGAUGUUACGCUGAAUUGUGUUGUAAACGAUCGUUUCAAACAUUAUACCAGAAAAUUUAAA